CGCAAAUAACUAAUCAAGCCUUAUCACAUAAAGGAUCAACGGUUCAUGCUGUAGGCAAUUCGAUGGCAUUCCCAAUACUGGACGCGCCAUAUAAUCUCUUGGACAAAGUUAACGAAACUACAUUCAAGGGACCAACACAACACAGCAUUUCAACCAGCCGCACCCCCAGAAAACAUGCCGGCCAACUUUCUGAAAAUGCACCUUCCCCAUCGUUCGACCCUUGGCUGGAAUUACAGAACAAAGGACAUAUGCUGACUCCUUCAACGAGCAACUGUACUUCUUGGGAAUCCUUUGCCCUCAACGCGGCGGAUACCUUAAAGAUGAGAUCAAAGCCGCAAUUGAAGUCUCCGUUCCUGAGCGAGCUCUCGCUUGAUCACUUCCAACGCGUAGAAGAGAGCUACCGGCAAUCGACGGAUCAUCGUUAUAAUCCCGAAAGUCUGAUUACCCACCAAUACUUAAUUAAAGACAUUAUAACACUACUACUAGGAGCACCAUCUAAUUUAUUCGAAUUUGACGUCGACAAACAGUCAUUUGUUCCUCGUAUACCAAACAUUAGAACCAUGGGGAUUGGAUCGAAAGGGCUAAAGUCAGUUAUUGAUCGAUUUAUAUCUAUCGGCAACCAAAUGGCAAGGCUGGAUAAGAUUAUCAACACCAAUAAAUAUCGUUCAGGGAGUUCUGUGGCGAUGGCAUUCGUGGAUUGUCUUGCCGAUUAUCAUACAUAUUUGCAACAGUCAUUGCUGGCGAUGAUUGAAAGAAUUGGUGGUAUACAAAAAGCUAGCAUCAUGGAAUUAUAUUAUAACAUGGAAGAUAUUUGCUAUGUUCUGGACGAAUUGGUCAAACUUUGCGAAACGACUGAUGUAGAUGGCAAUUCGGUUACCAACUCGAAAGCGAGAAUAUCUGAUAGCAAUGGCGAGCUACCAAAUGGCGCAGAGUUACUUGAUAUAAUAUUCAAAAAGGUCAAGUCUUUAGAUACCGCUCAAUGUGGUUGCACGUACCUACUACGAUCUAUUCUUUCGGCAUUUUUAACCACUUCAAGUACGCCAUACUUCACUCUCAUACUUGGAUGGCUUGGAAUACAGCCUGGAGAACAAAACGAGCACAGAACACAGCAAACAUUAAUAUACGACCAAAGCCUCCAAUCUAUAGAUCCACACCAUGAAUUUUUUGUCCAGGCAACGAAUCACGUUUCAUCAUCGUUCACGCAAGAUUAUUCAGUCAGUCAAUCGAAUAUGAGCAGUAUUCCAGGGAUGUUCCACUCCAAUACGGCUAUUCAAGAUGGUGACCAAUAUUGGUAUUCGUCUUUUCAGCUCCAGGAUUCUUUGCGACCAUGCUUCAUCUCAGACGAACUUGCAUUAGACAUUCUAGAGACUGGAAAAUCACUAAGGUUACUCAAAAAUCUGUUCCCUGUUGACGGUCCGUCUCUGAACGAUUAUAUCAAACACUUCAUUGUUCAAGACGAUUCUAAAUAUGUAUUACCUACAUGGAAAUUCAUCAUUUUUAAUGAAUCACAACAUGCGAAAGCGAACGGUUGUACAAUAUCUACGGACGGUCCAUCAAGCACCACAUUUACACUAGACAUAGAUGUGUUUGGCAACUCCAACCAGGUUACUACUACCAGGGAGAAGCAUGCUUGUGACGAUUCUUUUAUACUGCCGUCUCCAAAGCGUCAGCGACAUAACACUCAAGCAACAUCUGAUACCCUCAAACCGCCUUUUGCACAAGAACUUUCCUUACCAGAAAUAACCAACCCGCCUACUUCAGCCUUCAUCAAAUUAUUAGAAGACUUCCAGAUAUGCGGAUUUACGGAACAACACGAAGCUGAAGAGGCUGCUCAUAUGCCACCACUCGAUGCCGUGACAGCUACAAGUGUAGAACAGCCACUCAGUCGACUUUGCCGGUCUCUGAACACCAGCGUUAUGGCAUACUUCUUCAAAAAUCUGCAAUUACUACAAUACUUACAAGCACUUCAAGAUUACUUCACAUUUAAAAAUGGCGAUUUCUACAGUAAUGCCAUGGAUGCACUGUUUCGCAGUGACUUGGAUGAAGAUCAACCAGGCGGACUUGUAACGAUCGGCUUACCCAAAUCCAUCAAAUCGAGAAAGUGGCCACCUAGUUCCAUCGACUUAAACAUAGCAUUGAAAGAUGUGCUGCUAAACAGCUCUUCCAACCUUGAUGAUCUAGGCUCCAACGUGGCUAAUCAUAAAUUAUCUGUGGGCAGAUACAUUUCAUUUUCGGUCCGACAAAACAUGGAGAGUGGCGCCAAAUGGACAAAUCCACAAAGCUUAGAGGCAGUUGAUUUCUUGCAACUAUCCUAUUCGCCGCCGUAUCCGCUCAACAUUAUUAUUACACCCACCAUCAUCGAAAAGUACAAUCGUGUGUUCUCUUUUCUUCUUCGACUUUUUCGAGUACGUCUUGUUGUUCAGAAUAUGCAUAAAUGCAUGCAAGCACGACGUGGAAUGUCCAAGACCAAAACCAACGCAUACCUUUUCAUUGAGCCAGUGCGCUUUCAAUUUGCUCACUUUGUUGAAGCGUUGCACGGCUAUGUUAUGGACGCUGUCAUCACCUCCAAUUGGAAAGCCUACAUGCGUCAUCUUGAGGCGAUGGCCAAGGAAGCUACAACGCAAACCAACAACGACCAGCAUUCAUCUAGUGAUGCCACUGACAACGACUUGACUGAAACAAUAAAGUUGAUGAUGGAUCUGGACACCUUGAGAACAUACAAUGAAUAUUUUGUCGAACUCUUGUUGCACCAGUGCAUUCUCAAACGAAAACAACAAGGCAUCUUGCGAAUCAUCGAAACAUUACUUGGAUGCGUCCUUGCUCUUGCAGCCUUGAUCUCUGAUUUUGAUACGGUGUGCUACGAUAACCGUGAACCAACUGAAAAUGAAAUUCGCAAACUUCACCGUCAUUGCACCAAGAUUCAGAAUCGGUUCCAUAGUCAAAUGAAGACAUUGGUUGCUAUCCUUGCGUCGCUCCAGGCUCGUGAUAGUGGCGAUAUCCGGUUUUCAGUGGAUCAGCGAAGGCUGUCGAAAUUGGAAGUCUUUGCAAAGUAUUAUGAAAAGGUAGCGUCUGCAGAUGGUGCGGUCAACUGUUAUGAAAGGCUUUUGUUACGGCUUGACUUUAAUGGAUACUAUCAAGAUGUACAAUAAAACGAUGUAGACAAUUGUAUAUACUCUCAAUUUUUUUUUUUAUUUAUUGGGAAUUAAUG